UUUGCAGUGGUUCGUGUUGUUUGUGGGCUACGCCUUAACACUGCUUUGGUUUACUGUUGUUUUAGCUGUGGGAGGGCAAAACUCGAGUGUUUUACUGUUUUUCUUGCCUGUGUGAGGGCGGAGCAAAGUAUCAUGGCGACAGAAGGAGAGCCUUUGGAUAUGGAGGUUGACAGAAGAGUGGAAUCUGAGUUGGGAGAUGAAGAAGGGAAGAAGAUUAAAGUAGUAGAAAUAGCAACCAACGAUGAGGCUCACCCCAGCCUGACAGAUGGAGAAAAUGGCAGUGAUCUUGCAGGGGAGGCACAGACUCCAGUUGACAUGGAAACAUUUACUUUGGAUCCAGAAGCAGAGGAUGUUGAUCUGAAUCAUCUACGGAUUGGAAAAAUUGAAGGAUUUGAAGUGUUAAAGAAAGUUAAGAUUUUGUGCCUUCGUCAGAACUUGAUUGCCAAGAUUGAAAACUUGGAUGAGUUGAAAACACUACGGGAACUUGAUUUGUAUGAUAAUGCAGUCAAGACUAUUGAAAACUUAGAUGCACUGCACGACCUAGAAAUCUUGGACCUUUCAUUCAAUGCAAUCCGUAAGCUUGAGGGCCUGACGAAUCUGACCAAGUUAAGGAAGCUGUUUUUGGUGAACAAUAAGAUAACAAAGAUCGAAAACGUAGGUCAUCUGCUGGAGUUGGAGAUGCUAGAGUUGGGUUCAAACCGUAUCCGGGUUAUAGAGAACAUAGAGACAUUGGCAAAACUAGAUAGUUUGUUCUUGGGAAAGAACAAGAUAACAAAGCUGCAGAAUCUGGAAGGCUUGACAAACCUGACAGUACUAAGUUUACAGAGUAACCGAAUAACAAAAAUUGAAGGCCUGCAAAACCUGUUAAACCUAAAGGAAUUGUACUUGAGCCAUAAUGGGAUUGAGAUAAUUGAAGGUCUGGAAAGCAAUAAAAAGCUGACCACAUUGGAUCUAGCUGCAAACAAGAUCAAAAAGCUUGAAAAUAUUAGCCAUUUAAUGGAGCUGCAAGAGUUCUGGAUGAAUGACAAUUUGAUAGAGAACUGGAGUGACCUCGAUGAACUGAAAAAUGCAAAGAAGUUGGAAACUGUUUAUCUGGAGCAUAAUCCUCUACAGAAGGACCCUCAGUAUAGAAGGAAAAUUAUGCUGGCACUUCCCAGUGUUCGACAGAUUGAUGCUACAUUCAGUCGGUUUUAAGCAAAAAAAAAAACCAAAAUGGACGCACUCCUGUGCAGGUGUGUGUGCAUUCAGAUUGAAAGACUGGCAUAAAACGGGCACACUGAGCACAUGCACGCUGUCUGCUUCUUGUACUCCCAACCAAAAGUGGAAGAAGAUUUUAUCCAUCUUCAGACUUUUUAAGUAUUCCAACAGUGCAAGAAGAACAUGACAUUAAAAACUAAUUUACAAGGCUCAUGUGUUUUUUUCCUUAACGAGACAAGAAAUUAAACUACAUAUGUUGGUGUUGAUUAUUUUUCUCAAUGCACUUUCAAGCUGUACAUCUGGAUUGAAGCAUGGAGUCAGAUUUUUUUCCUCCUGGCUACAAGCAUGGUUGUUUUCUGUCACUUACUGCUCAGUUAUGGUACGUUUUAAUUACCUGCGUUUACAGAUUGUCACGCUUCAGUUUGAACAAUAAACUGUUGAACUUGGUCCCUUAAAAUCAA